AUGAAUGGACCGAACCCUCACUCACCAUACGCACGAGUUACUUGCCGAUAUACCACCCUGGUCCAACACUCGGCCCUUGUGGUCAAUGAGGGGUUGGCCUACCUACCUUUUAACCAUGGCCCCCAAUAUCCAGGAUCCCUUGCAUCCUUCCCACCAUACCUGGGGCAUGUUUCGAACGAAUUGAGCGGGAUCAAGGCAUCAGGCAUAUCGCGUGGAUCAUCCACACCCACCGCUACCCACCGUUUGUUACCCAGAUUCCCCUCGUUUCUCUCCCUCGCCUUGGGGUUGAUUGCAUGCGUGCAUGCAUGCAUGAUCAAACGAAAACUGAAAAGGGAUGGGAUGUCAGACAAAAGAAUCACGAUUCCCCCCGCCUCCUUGGAAAUAUCUCCAGAUACAAUCUACGCGGAAAGGGAUACCGUGGCACGCCUCCUUGAAACCGAUUCAGUGCCAUGGAUUCCAUCUAUCUUUACCUUGAAGGAACCUGACACACAAAGAAACAGUUUUGUUGGGUAUACGACUGAAAGGAAGAAAGAAAGAGAAGAAGAAGAAAAGAAGCCACGCUAUCUAGAUUUGGUGGAAAAAGAGGCAAACUUCCCUUCCUUUUUCCACAUUCUGCUAACAAACUCUUCCCCACUUACCACCAACCACCGUGAAUAUUACAUGGUUACCGAAUGUAGUUACUUAGGUAACUACUACUCACUUACUCGAUUUGCUCAGAUUUCCUAG